AUGGCGGCGAAACGGUUUUUGGAUGAUUCUGAUCAAGAUACCAAUAAGCCUGGUGAUAAACGGAUGAGGCCUACCAGACCUUCUUUUGCUUCGGUAAUAGGAGAAGUUGUCAUGGUGAAAAACUUGCAGAAUCUUUUCUCAGGCUUGGAACCCUUGCUUAGAAGAGUGGUGAACGAAGAGGUGGAGCGAGUGAUGAGGCAUUGCGUUCCGCGUUCGAUAACCAGGUCCCCUUCGUUGAGGAUCCAAGCAUUGGAGCAACCAACAAGCUAUGAACUCAUGUUCAACAAGAAGCUAUUGGUCCCUAUCUUCACAGGAAGCAGAAUAGUAGACAUAGAUGGGAACCCCAUCCAUGUUGUUCUUUGUGACAAAAGCGGUGGUCAAAUGGUUCCCACGAGUCUCCCCCACCCCAUCAAGCUAGAAAUCGUGGUGCUUGAUGGAGAUUUUCCUCCCAAUAGUGAUAACAGUGAGUCAUGGACGAGUGAGGAAUUCAACAGACACAUAGUGAAGGAGAGAACAGGAAAGAGGCCGUUGCUCACAGGAGAAUUGAAUCUGACCAUGAGGGAUGGGAUUGCACCAAUUGAAGAAAUUGAAUUCACUGAUAACUCCAGUUGGAUUAGAAGCAGGAAGUUCAGAGUUGCUGUUAGAGUUGCUCCUGGGAGUAAUCAAACUAUUAGAAUUCGUGAAGGCAUGACCGAAUCAUUUAUUGUUAAGGAUCACCGUGGUGAAUUGUACAAGAAACAUCACCCACCUAUGCUCCACGACGAAGUGUGGCGCCUAGAGAAGAUAGGGAAAGACGGAGCUUUCCACAAAAAGUUGUCCAGAGAGGGAAUAAAGAGUGUGCAAGACUUUCUUAAGUUAUCUGUUGUUGAUACUCAGAAGCUCAGAAAGAUUCUGGGAGUUGGGAUGUCGGAGAGAAUGUGGGAUGCGACAAUCAAGCAUGCAAAGACUUGUGAGAAGGGCAACAAGUACUAUGUCUACCGUGGGCUUAAUUUUACCAUCUUUCUGAAUUCCAUAUGUCAGUUGGUUAGAGCUGAUAUCAAUGGCCAAAGUUUUCCGGGCAGAGAGCUAAGCAACAUGACAAGGAGCUAUGUGGAAAAAUUGGUGAGAGAAGCAUAUGCUAGAUGGAAUGAAUUGGAGGAAAUUGAUGGGGCUUUGUUAACCCAAGGUGAAACCAUGGAACAAUUUCCAAACAAUCAUCAAGCAUCAGAUAUAGCAUAUGAUCAGCAAGACUACUUUGAUGAUAAAUCUACAGAAGGUGGCAACUAUGUGCCAACUCAUAAUGCACAAAUUGGUUGCAGCGAGUGGGGAGUGAAUACAACAUUUGUGAAUGGCAUGCUUUACAGCUUCUCAGAUUCACAAUCUGACAGUGACAUAUCGCCCUCAGUUGAUGGUGCCACAAGGUGGAACUAG